AAAAGGUUUCUAUUUUUACCCAUUUUCUUUUCCUGUUUUGAAUUUCUAGAGAGAAAAGAGAGAGAGUGAGAGAGAACACCAUGGGAUUAGCCUCUUGAACCUUGAAAUUCAAAUCCAUCAUCAUCAUCAUCAUAUCAUCAUCAUCAUUUUCUCCCUUUGAAAUGGAAAUCAAAUCCUCAAUGUUCUCUCCUUUUCCUUGUAUUUUGUGUCUUCAAUUCAACUGUCGAUACAUUGAGAGAGUUUCUUGAUUAUAACCCAUCAAUUGACACACUGUUUACUUUUCAAUAGUGUCCAGCCUAAUUUACGCGUUUUUCUUCUUCAUUUUUGAUGUCUCUAAAUAAACAAAAAACAAAGAGAAGCUUCGCAAAUUUAACAAAUCCCAUUUCUUUAAUAAUGUGAAUUUCCUCGAAUUGUGCUACUUUCGUCGUCGAAUCUCCACCAAAACCCAUCCUUACCCAGAAAUCCAGCUCAUAUACACACGAAUGUUCUUGUAAUUCAUUGUUGUGCUUCUUAUAAAGACUCGAUUUUGAUUGUGAUUUUGUUUGUUCACGAUUGUGCUGUUGUCUUCUGUUGGUUUUUCUCUGUUUUGGGUUUAAUGGGUUGUGCCAAUUCGAAGCAAAAACGAUGCAGGCACUGCCAGGGCCCGUAUUCGCCGGUGCCCAAAAGCUAUUCGAUGCAUGUCCACCACCCGCCGGAGAAGAGAGGGGAUAGCUAUCAUAUUGUGGCGCUUACCUCCACCACUCUCGGGUCUCUCAAGCUUGAUCAAUCCAAUCAAAACGGUCCUGUUGAAACCAAAAUCAUCGCCAACGGUGUUGGUUCUCUGAUGAACGGUAAUUGCCAUGGCGAGGUUGUGGUGGAUGAUGAUAAGGAAGAAGAGAAGAAGAAGGACUUCUCGAUGGGUAUAAUUGAGGCCAAGACUUGGUCAAAUGUGAUUCAAGAGAAAAUCCCCAAAGUGAAUCCGAAGACACCGAUCAUGACUCCCCCUGGAGAGCCAGAGACUAUCAACACAUGGGAGUUAAUGGAGGGUCUUGAAGAUACAAGUCCAUUCCGAUCGCCUAAUCACUUCCGGAGUUUUUCUUUCAAUGUCGCUCGUGAUCCAAAUACUGUUUCCAUGGAUAGCCCGAAUUCGAGAUUUCAACAUGUAAAUGGCACGGCAUCAGUGAAACCUCUUUGGGUUCAACUGUCCGAUGAAGUUUCAAAAUCAGGUUCUCUAAUUCAAGAAUUCGAUCCAGAAGUGAUAUCCGAGUUUAGGAAAUCGCUACAAGAGCUUAAUCCUGCUCACCCAUUUUACAUUAAGCCAUCUGAUAUUGAAAGGCAACCGUCUUUGGCCGGUGAUGGCUUGUCACUUGAUAUGAAUUAUGAUGCAAACAAGGUAAAUGGUGUGAUUACGGAUUAUAAAUGUGCGAAGGAGAAGGAGAAGGUGAUUGUAUAUUUUACGAGCCUAAGAGGGGUUCGUAGGACGUAUGAGGAUUGUUGCCAUGUGAGAGUGAUCCUAAAAGGGCUUGGAGUUCGAGUUGAUGAGCGAGAUGUAUCGAUGCAUUCGGGUUUCAAGGAUGAGCUGAGAGAUCUAUUAGGAGAUGGGUUUAGUGCAGGUACAUUGCCAAGAGUGUUUGUGGGGAUAAAUUACAUUGGUGGAGCCGAAGAAAUUCGAAAAAUGCAUGAGGAAGGGCAGCUAGAGAAGGUUGUUGAAAGGUGUGAAAUGGUAGAUGAUGGUGAUGGAGGUGCUAACGGAGCUUGUGAGGCAUGUGGGGAUGUAAGGUUUGUACCUUGUGAGACAUGUUCAGGAAGUUGCAAGAUUUACCAUGAAAAUGAUGAUGAAGAAGAAGAAGCAGAAGUAGAAGGAAGCGAUGAUGGCGAAUUUGGGUUUCAUCGGUGCCCGGAUUGUAAUGAGAAUGGACUCAUACGCUGCCCCAUCUGUUGCUACUAAGUUUAUCAGUUUCUACAAAACACACUUUGCUCUUUCUGGGUUUUCUUUGAGGAGUUGCUUGGUGCACAUUGAGGAGAUUUGGCAUUGGCAUGCUUCCUGGGUUUCUGGAACAAAGAAGCUUGGAUACAUUUUCCUUUUGGAUUGAACUUCAAAUCAUAAAUCAAGAAUAUAAGAUGUAAAAAUAGUGCAUUUCCAUCUAGGAAAUCAUACAUUUUAUAAUCUUAGAUUGAAAUCCAACUUUCAAUACUGCUUGUAUAUAUGAUUCCACUGAAAUAAUUGAAUCAAGGGAUUCCAUUGGUUCAUGGCUUCUGCCUUCAUGUUCAAUA